AUGAAACUGUUAUUGCUCGUUGUUGGAUUGGUGGUGGCUGCCUCUGCGGAGUAUGCGGAGAUCUGGAAGGACUACCAUGAAGAGUUCGGUAUCGCUGAGGCCGCGCGAAUCAAACAAGCUGAGCAGUCUAUGGACUUCGAUGGCGCCAGAAUCGUUGGCGGCCAGGCGUCCAGCCUCGGACAACACCCCCACUUGGCUGGCCUAAUCGUCGUUCUAACCAGUGGCAGUGAAUCAGUAUGCGGCUCAUCCAUCGUCUCCAACAAUAGACUGCUUACUGCCGCCCACUGCUGGCGACACCGCAACAGCCAGGGUCGGCAGCUCACCGCCGUGAUGGGCUCCGUGCGUCUGUUCACUGGCGGCCUGCGGCUCACCAGCAACAACGUCCAAAUGCACGCCAACUACAACGAGGGCAACCUUAACAAUGACAUCGCCAUCAUUAUGCUAACCACUAGGAUUACUUUCAACAAUAAUAUCAACCGUAUUAACAUCGCCAGUGGCUCUAGCACGUUCGCCGGAAACACCGCCACGGCUUCCGGCUUCGGCAGGCAAGGAGACAACCAAGGAAUAACCCAGAGCCAGUCGCUGCGGCACGUGGCCAUGCAGGUCAUCACCAACGCGGCGUGCGCUGGCGUGUACGGUCCCAACGUGGUCAUUGGCUCCGUAAUCUGCACGGCCACCACGGGCGGGCGCGGAACCUGCCAAGGAGACUCCGGCGGGCCGCUGGACAUCGGCACUGGGGCUAAUCGACAACAGAUCGGUGUGACAUCCUUCGUACACAGCUCCGGCUGCCAGCGCGGCCAGCCAGCCGGGUUCGUCCGGGUGACGUCAUUCAACGCCUGGAUUCGCCAACGCUUAUAA